GAAUAUUACAUGUGUUCCAUGUCUACAGACAAAGCCGAGCUGAGUGUAGAAGCUAAAUAGUUGCCAUUUAAAUAACACAAGCAGUGACACGCCCGCCUUGAAUGCUGCACGUCGUAUUGAAUUGAUAUAAGAAAUCAAAUCGCCAAAAUGAGAAUGAUAAUAACUGAAAAUGCUGAUAGAGUCUCGGAAUGGGCGGCCAAGUAUGUGACCAAGAGAAUCAAAGACUUCAACCCGGGGCCCGACCGAUACUUUGUCUUGGGUCUUCCUACGGGUGGAACUCCGCUAGGUAUGUACAAGUACCUGAUCAAGUACUACAGGGCCGGUGAAGUUUCUUUCAAGUACGUCAAGACUUUCAACAUGGACGAGUACGUUGGCUUGCCCAGAAAUCACCCGGAGAGCUACCACUGUUACAUGAUGACAAACUUCUUCACUCAAGUAGACAUAGACCCGAAAAACGCACACAUACUUAACGGCAAUGCCGCCGACUUACAAGCCGAGUGCCAGAACUACGAACGGCUCAUCGAGGAGGCCGGAGGCGUACACUUGUUCGUCGGUGGCAUAGGUCCGGACGGUCACAUAGCGUUCAACGAACCCGGUUCUUCCCUGGUGUCCAAGACACGGGUCAAGACGUUGGCACAAGAGACUUUGGAGGCCAAUGCCAGAUUUUUCGGCAACGACAUCGACAAGGUGCCCAAACAAGCUCUGACGGUCGGCGUGGGAACCGUCAUGAGCGCCCAAACGGUGAUGAUACUGAUCACGGGAUCUCACAAGGCGUUGGCCCUUCAUAAGGCAGUCGAAGAAGGUGUCAAUCACAUGUGGACAGUGUCAGCGUUACAACAGCACCCCGACACGCUUAUAUUGUGUGAUGAAGAAGCCACGAUGGAAUUAAAAGUGAAGACUGUGAAAUAUUUCAAGGCACUUGGCGCUAUUCACGAGAAGCUUAUUGAAAACAACUGAGAACUCAAGACUAUACCAGGAAAAAAAUAUUCAAUCAUACAAGUGUAAUAAUAUAUCUUACUAUUAGCCAACUCAAAAUAGGACUUAUUGUAGUCACGUUUUAUUCACAUUGUAAUAUAAUUUCUGAAUAGUCGAGCAUAA